GUCCGCCGCCAUAAAGAUUACAGCCUUGGAAACCCCACGGGGCAGUUCCACUCUGUCCUAUAGGGUCUCUGUGUGUCAGAAUUGACUUGGCAACAGAUUUGGUUUGAUUUUUGUUUGGGCUUGCUGCCAGGUACAGGAACCAGCUUAUCUGUGAACAUCCACCUCUAGAAAGUCUGGGCUUUGGCUGUUUGGGGUGUAGUCUCCUUGAGAUAUGUAGAUGUUUCAGCUUAACCUCAGCUUCCUCAUUUUACUAAACUCUUUGGGUGUGUCCCCAGUUGAGGCCUCUCUUGGCAUGGUUACCAUGAGGUCUCCAGGCUGAGCUAUUCCUGGGGUGCUGGGCGUCACCUGCUGAUGUUAGUACCCCCUAUGCCAGGACAGAAGCUGGGAAAAUGCUGUCUGCCACUUCUUGAAAAUGCCUUCCAGGUGAAAGUCGUUGCUGUUGAUGAAAACCUGAAUGUCUUCUAUGAGGACAGUGUGCAUUUUGACAGAGACCUUCCAGAAUUUGGGACCCAGGGUGGUGUGCAUAUCCACAAGGAUGGGCUGACGGUCACUUCUCCCGUCCUGAUGUGGGUCCAGGCUCUGGAUAUCAUCUUGGAGAAGAUGAAGGCUUUGGGCUUCGACUUCUCUCAGAUCCUCGCCCUGUCUGGGGCAGGCCAGCAACACGGAAGUAUAUACUGGAAAGCCGGGGCCAGCCGGGCACUGACAAGCCUGUCACCAGCGCUCCCAUUACACCAGCAGCUAGAGGCCUGCUUCUCCAUCAGUGACUCUCCGGUGUGGAUGGACUCCAGCACCACAGCCCAGUGCCGCCAGCUGGAGGCCGCCAUGGGUGGGGCCCAGGCUCUCAGCUGCCUCACAGGGUCCCGUGCCUAUGAGCGUUUUACAGGAAACCAAAUCGCAAAGAUUUUCCAGCAGAACCCCGAGGCCUACUCACUCACAGAGAGGAUUUCUUUGGUCAGUAGCUUUGCUGCUUCCCUGUUUCUUGGGUCUUACUCCCCUAUCGACUACAGUGAUGGUUCUGGGAUGAACUUGUUGCAGAUACGUGACAAAGUCUGGUCCCAGGCCUGCCUUGGUGCCUGUGCUCCUCAGUUAGCGGAGAAGCUCGGACCGCCUAUGCGUUCGUCCUCAGUUGCGGGCACCAUUUCUUCCUACUACGUCCAGCGCUAUGGAUUUCACCCAGGAUGCAAAGUGGUGGCCUUCACGGGGGACAACCCAGCAUCUCUGGCAGGCAUGCGGCUGGAGGAAGGUGACAUUGUGGUCAGCCUGGGCACCAGCGACACCCUGUUUCUCUGGCUCCAGGAGCCCAUGCCCUCCCUGGAAGGCCACAUCUUCUGCAACCCGGUUGAUCCCCAGCACUACAUGGCCCUCCUGUGCUUUAAAAAUGGUUCCCUGAUGAGAGAGAGGAUCCGAGAUGAGUCCGCUUCCUGCUCCUGGAGCGAGUUCUCGAAGGCCCUGCAGGCCACGGAGAUGGGGAACGGCGGAAACCUGGGUUUUUAUUUUGAUGUAAUGGAGAUCACCCCGGAAAUUGUUGGGCGCCACAGGUUUAACGCAGAAAACUGCGAGGUCUCAGCGUUCCCCAGGGAUGUGGAGAUUCGAGCCCUGAUCGAAGGACAAUUCAUGGCCAAGAGGAUUCAUGCCGAGGGCCUGGGCUACCGAGUCAUGCCUAAGACAAAGAUUUUGGCCACCGGAGGAGCAUCUCACAACAGAGACAUCCUGCAGGUGCUUGCGGAUGUGUUUGGCGCCCCGGUGUACGUCACAGACACUGCCAACUCAGCCUGUGUGGGCUCUGCAUACCGAGCUUUUCACGGUAGGUCGAUGGGUUGGGGACAACGGCCUCUGCAAGGGCUUGGGGCACUGGCUGGGCCGAGGGGGGUGGAAGGGCAAGACUGGGCUGUUCCAGUCUUUGGGGGCUUUAGCUUCACUUCCCUGCCUCCCAUCGGGCCAAAACCAACCCAAACCCUCUGUUCCUGUAUUCUCCACUUAGGGAGUGAAAGGGGGCAGGGGCCUCUCCAGAACAGAGUCAGGCUCAGCACAGAGAUACUGGACAAGGACGUGUGCGUGCUGAGGGCAUGCAGGCCUGGGUCUGCACCGCAGGUGGGAGGAGGGUGGAUGAAGUCGGGAGCAGCCUGUUCAGCAGGAGCGAGAGGUUGAGACAGAGCCGAAGGCUUCAGACCCAGACAGUCCAGCACCCUGGACAGCUCCGCCGAGGCCCUGUGUUCUCUUGAUGGCCUACCCAGAACUCCGGAUGUUAAAGGAAUCUCCCCUGUCUAGGGGGGUUCGCUGGGGCAUGGCACUUGCCCACAAGGGCGUUCUUUGUCCAGUUUGAACCCAUUUGCUGUGUCCACUGCCCUCAGGGAGCUCCGCAGGCCGCCGUGUGCCUCACGGUUUUUUGCCUUCUCUAGCGCUGCCAUUCUUUGAGUGGCUAACCGCUCUUGACUUCUUUUCUGUGUGUGUUUUAAUGGAACGUUUACAGCACAAGUUACUUUUUAUUCAAAAAUUUAUACACAGGUUGUUUUGUGACAUUGGUUGGAGUCCCCACGAUGUGUCA